AUAAUAGCUAGGGUUUUUGCGUUAAUCUGACAAGUAGUUAGAGGAGUGCGUUGUUGCAGUGCGAGACGGUAGCAGUAAACACUGAUCCAAGCCAGCAGAGCUGACGCUACCAUAACGAACGUCAACUGAAGAUAGUUCAGUUCACGAAGAAACACCAGGGGUUUGCGGGUACGGGAAAAUAAUGGGAAGGAGUACUAACGGCUCUUUCAACACCGCAAGCCCUUUUUGUCCCCAAACCCCUGUCUCCUCUCCUUCACUGCCAGUAGCCUAGCCAACACAAGCUAGCUAGGAUAGCUGGUUAGCUCACGACCCACCUGCAGUCGUCGUGCGCACACAGGGAGUGAAAAUGGUGUACCUGUUAAAUCCUCUGGAGAAUCUGAAGACCUACAUAAGCAACCGUCCUCCCCUGGUCAUUUUUAUGGUCAGUGUGAGUGCUGUGGCUAUCACCUUCCUCACCAUAGGAUAUUUCUUCAAGAUCAAAGAAAUCAAAUCCCCUGAGAUGACUGAGGAUUGGAACACCUUUCUUCUCCGCUUUAACGAGCUUGACUUCUGCAUCUCGGAGAAUGAGACCCUGAAGCACGGCCUGAACGAGUCCAUCACGCCAGACAGCACGGUCCCCAGCGGCCAGGGACGCUCCAGCACCCAGGCCCCCCUCGUGCUGGAGGACCCAGGGCCCAUCAACAUCUCUGUGCCCAUCACCCUCACUCUGGAUCCCCAGCGGCCAUUUGGGGGCUACUCCCGUAACAUCACCCACCUGUACGCCACCAUACUGGGCCAGCAGGUUGGCCUCUCUGGAAGGGAAGCCCAUGAGGAGAUGAACAUAACUUUCACUCUGCCGGCCUCCUGGAACUCGGAUGACUGUGUCCUGCAUGGCCACUGUGAACAGGUGGUGUUCAGCACGUGCAUGACCAUCACUGCGGCCAGCAAUGUCUUUCCUGUCACAGUGCAGCCUCCCCACUGUAUCCCAGAGACGUACACCAAUGCCACAUCGUGGUACAAGCUCUUCACGACAGCGCGGGACUCGGACACCAAAUACACACAGGAUUACAACCCGUUCUGGUGUUACAAAGGAGCCAUCGGAAAGGUCUAUCAUGCACUGAACCCCAAGCUCACCGUCAUUGUCCCGGAUGAUGACCGCUCCCUGAUAAAUCUUCACCUAAUGCACACCAGCUACUUCCUGUUUGUGAUGGUGAUCACAAUGUUCUGCUAUGCAGUCAUUAAGGGCCGGCCCGGGAAAGUAAGACAGAACAACUCAGACUUCUGCCCUGAGAAGAUGAUUCACAUUUUCCCAGAGGUAACUGCCAAAACACUUGCCACAUGUUUCACUCCAAGACAGCCCAGAAAGUUUGCAACCAAGGACCUCAACCAUCACACAAAAGUGGCCUUCUCGGAGGGAUAAAAGUGACGCCUGAACAGAAGCAUAUCUG